CAAGUGUGCCUGGGGAGGUCGGAUCCCGUCCCUGAACAUGAAGUCUGAAGGCGCGUAUCGAAUCCGAUGCACCAGGUAUCGUUCUAGCUUCCCCCCUGAGAGGCAUCCGCCGCAACCGUUCCCUCGGAAGCGCUACAACACUCACAACAGAGCCUGAGUGUGACAAGGCUCAGCAUGUGGCACCCUCUGCGUCCAUUGUGACCACAACCUCCCCUGCAACGUGCAGUCCGUUUAGAUUUACGGUCCAUUCGGUCAACGCACGUCUACACAUGCUAGCGGGCAAUUUAAACCUGCCACAUUACGCAGUGUCACCUCCGGGUCCCACUCUCAAGUCAACCUUCUGUGCCAGCCUAUCCGCAAAGUCAAGCAAUGUCAAAUGCAAAACACACGUCUCGAUAAACUCCUGGCCCCAAACAGGCAAGGAUAUAGGCCUCUCAUUGUCCAGCCAGUGGACAAGCGGACUUCCCGACGUCGCGCCAAAGCCCGGGCCUACAAGCGAGGCCUUUCUUGCCAGUGGCAGCUCUCACCCGCUAAAUAGUGUCAAAGACUCCUAUUCCUGGACGCUCACAGUCGACCCACGUACGUACGCACCCCCACCAUCCAAUCCCGUUGAAAUCCACGAACGGUCGAGCGUCGGCACUCUCUCGAUUUAUCCCUCCCCGGCACCCAGCCUCAGCUCCUCCUCCCCGCCGACCAUUUGUAUUCCGCCCCCGCUUCCCGUCACCGCGUCGACCGCCAAAGAUAAGUGCUCAGCUUACGUCCAAGCCCCCACUCCUCCCCCGCCGACGCGCCCAACACGGGAGUCCAAUACAAACCCUGAAAAUCAAUGGACAAGUCCGCUGAGCGUCGGCAAUGACUGAAUACAUAUCGAAACCGCAGUCACCCCAACUCAAUUCAAGCAUCGUCGUGGCUUGGUACUAGCG